UAUCAAUCACAUGUCCACGCAGGCGAAGAAGAUAGCCACUUCUUCUCCAUCUUCCAUUUUUCAAUUCCUCCAACCCGUCAACCUCUCCAAAAUGUCUUCCCUCUUCUCUACUUCUCUAAUCUCCCAUUUGAAGCUCCUGCGUUCUUUCACUCGUUCUCAUCCUCUCUACUUCUCAUUCUCCAUUUUCUUCUUCCUAAAACUCCUCUCCCUUCUCUCCCCGCUUUCCAUCGCCGCCGCAUCGUUGUUACUCCUUGCCCUUCUCGCCCUCUCUCCCGCCGUCACCAUUCGCGACAAGUUUCCGGCCGAAAGCGAUAAGGUUAGUGCUCUGAUUUCCGUCUCUUUUGAUGACGAAAGUGAAAGUGACAAUGAGGAUGAGCUUUUUGAUUUGGGGAAUUUCGAAGAGAACAGAAUCCUACUGGAGGAAUCUCUGAUUCGGGUCGGAUUCAUGGAGGGGAAAUCAGUUGAUUCAGCAAUGGAGGAGGGGAGAUUGGAAGACAAAAACGCGGCAAAUGACGGCAAAUUCGAGGGAUGUGGCGCGAAAACCGACGAAUUUGUCGGAACUAGAAACGGAUCCAAGGCGGCCGACGGGAAUCACGACAAUGGCGGUGGAGGCAAUGCAGAGAGACGGCGGACAUUGGAGUACAAUCGGAAGGAGAGGGAGUGGAAGAGGACAUUGGCCUGCAAGCUGUAUGAGGAAAGGAAUCAGAGCGGUGAAGGGAUGGAUUUGCUGUGGGAGACUUACGAAAUGGAAACAAUGAAGAACGAGGAACGGCAAGGCGACGAUUCAAAGGAGAAAUAUGAAAAGGAUAGCGAGGAAGAAGAAGAAGAAGAGAUGGAUGAGAAGCUGUGUUGUUUGCAGGCAUUGAAGUUGUCAGCUGGGAAGAUGAAUUCGGGAAUCGGAAGGCCUAAUCUCAUGAAGAUAUCAAAGGCAAUCAAAAGGUUUGGAUGGCUCAAGAAUGUUAGCAAGAAGGUGCACAGGGGAGAUAUGCACAUACAAAAAAAGGUUUCUAAUACUAGCUAGUAGUCAAUGCCAGAGAAGAGAUAGCAGAAGAAGCGAGAGUAGAAAAUGGCGGUUACGACGCCGCUCCGGACCUCCCGCGCGCUAACAUUCCGGUCGAGCAGCUUCGCUUCCUCUCUUACUGUCGUACUUUUUCUCUGCUUUAUAUCUCCGAUCUCAAAGCUGUAAGUACUUAUGAUCAACACUCGCAUUUCUCUUCUGAUCUCCUCUGGUGUGUGUUCAUUGACGUACGGACAUGACUGGGAAUGUGGUUAGGGGUUUUCAUACAAUUGUUAUGGAUUUGCAUUGCUUGGCUAUGAUGUUGAUGGAAGAGUGCAUUGUGAAUCCAGACAAGUACACAGAUGGAGGGAAGCCUACUUCACCAGAGAUUGAGGAUCCCAAGUUUUACCAUUAUGCAAUUUUCUCUGACAACGUGGUUGCUGCUCCAGUUGUGAAUUCAGCAGAGAAGAAUUCAACAAAGCCAUGGAAGCAUGUGUUUCACAUUGUGACAGACGAGAUGAAUCUUGGGGCUAUGCAAGUUAUGUUCAAGAUGAAGGAUUAUGAUGGGGCUCACAUCUAAGUGAAGGCUGUUGAGGAUUACAAGUUCUUGAACUCUUCUUAUGUUCCAGUACUUCGGCAGCUUGAGUAUGCACUGAGCAAUACCAUUACUGGCAGAAUCUGGUGAGAAAUCUGCUCGUAUCCUUCUAAGCUUCUUUAGACACUGGUAGUUUCCUGAGUAGGCCAAACAUGACACCUCAAUUUUCUACUUUUUGCGCAUCCUAAUAUGUGCCGUGUCUAAAUCUGCUUAAGUUGUAUAAGUACUUGGCCUCUUUUGUUUCCUUUAUCUUCAGUUUUUGUUAAACAUUCCAUUUAUGUUUAUAGCGAAAGUGUUAAGACUUCUGAUUGUUACGGUGACAUUAUUUUGUCUCUGGAACUUGUAAGGUUUUUACUCUUGUUGUUUAUUUGAAUUAACGAGUA